GUCAACCAAGCACACAUUAUAACCAAGUUCUCUUUCCUCUCCAACGGUUCCCCCUUCCCUACUACUAUGCUAUGGUCUUAGGCUCUCAAGAUUAUCUUUCCUCUGUUUUUUGUCUUAUAUCUUUUCGAAUUAUUUCAUUUUGGCUUUUGAAUUCUUGCAUAUUUGCUGAAUUCUCGAUCUGGGUUUUGUAAAUUUUUAUCUGUAUGGCCUGUAAACACUCAAAAUUCGGCAUGAGAAUGUGCUUGGUUCACCACACAACACAAGAAACAGAGGGCCAUCGUCUUUCAAAUUGUAAAGGAGCUUGCUUUUGCGAUCUGUGAUACGCACGUUAUGCAAAUUUUGCAUCUUGGAUCGACUGCUGGAUAGUUUGGACAGCUGGGUUUGUGUGGUCUGGCUUUUGGAGGCAUUUAUUGUCUAAAAAUGCGUUGUCUGUGAGCAAUGGGCCUUGGUUGACAGUUGGUUUUGGCUUUUAGCUGAAGGUCAUCUGAAUUGGGUUGUUUUCUUAGCAGUUAUGGUGGUUUAGCUAAAAGGGUUGAGAGAUUAAUGGGUUAGGAAGGAGAAAAAUGGCUUCAGGAACUGCAGAUAUCUCGCCUCGCGUAACCAGAUUGGAUGUUGGGUGCUUAAACGAUGGUGGUAUGCCUAUCAUGGAGGAUCAAAAUGUUGAUGCUUUGGGAAAUUCGAACAACGUUCCUACUGGAAAGCCUCCAAGAAACCUCUCAGUUAUGCGGAAUUGCACAAGCUAUGCAUUGUUGACCGAAUCAGAAUCAGAUAUUGGAAGUAUGGGCUUGAAGUCACCAGCAAGUGAGACGGCAGAGUUCGUGUCUGUAUUCCGUUCAGGAAGCUGUUCUGAGAAAGGACCUAAACAAUACAUGGAGGAUGAGUAUAUUUGUGUAGAUGAUCUUCAUGAACAUCUUGGUCAAAUGGAAAACUUGCCUUCUCCUGGGGCAUUUUAUGGGGUCUUUGACGGACACAAUGGUGUUGAUGCAGCAUCGUUUAUUAAAAAAAACAUCCUUAGAUUCAUUGUUGAAGACUCUCACUUCCCAUCAGGCAUUAGAAAGGCAGUUAGGAGCGCCUUUGUGAAGGCUGAUCAUGCAUUUGCAGAUGCUAGCUCUGUUGAUAAGUCCUCUGGUACCACUGCUUUGACUGCCCUUAUUUUAGGAAGGACCAUGCUAAUUGCUAAUGCUGGGGAUUGUCGAGCUGUGUUGGGGAAGCGGGGAAGGGCAAUUGAACUAUCUAAAGAUCACAAACCUAACUGCACCUCUGAAAGAUUAAGAAUUGAGAAGCUGGGCGGUGUCAUCUAUGAUGGCUACCUCAAUGGCCAACUAUCAGUGGCACGUGCUCUUGGUGACUGGCAUAUCAAGGGCUCUAAAGGGUCAAACUGCCCCUUAAGCUCUGAGCCAGAAUUGGAGGAAAUUGUCCUAACGGAAGAAGAUGAGUUCUUGAUAAUGGGCUGCGAUGGCUUGUGGGAUGUGAUGAGCAGCCAGUGUGCAGUUACAAUGGUAAGGAAGGAGCUCCUGCAGCAUAACGAUCCUGAGAGAUGUUCAAAAGCGCUUGUCAAGGAGGCACUCCAACGGAACACAUGCGAUAACCUGACUGUUGUUGUGGUCUGUUUCUCCGAAGAUCCACCUCCUAAAACCGAAAUUCCUAAGUCCCAGAAGAGGAGAAGUAUUUCAGCUGAAGGGUUGGACCUUCUCAAGGGUGUCUUAAGCAAUAUCUGAAAACACAACGGCUUGCAUGCAUAAAUGUGCAGCUUACACCCCUAGUUGGGAACUUUUCUGGGUUGCUCCUGUGCCCUGCUGCGGAUGUUGCUUCCUGAUUUCUUUAACUAUACGUCCUGUCCGAUUUGAGAUACUAUUAACAAUCUCAAAUUUUGAAGCUUUGAUUCGGAAAUUUUUUGAAUGUUAGAAAUAUAUAAGUUGCUGCAAGGCUCUCUUGCACCAGUCAGCCUACUUCAACUUGGUUAUAGGAUUUAAAUAGCAAACUAUAAAACAAGUAGUCCUGUGUAGAACUUGAAGAAAUGGAUCCUGUAUAAAGCCUUUUUUCUUUUUUUUCUUUUUUUUCUUUUUUUUCUUUUUUUUCUUUUUUUUUUCUUUUUCGUUUUCUUUUGGGUUCAUUUGCCUUGAGUGGCUGGAUAUUGUAAAUAAGUCAUACAAUUGAUAUAUUGACAUUCACUCUUUAAAGCAUAAUAGGCAAGACA